CUAGAGUCGUCUCCGAUUCUCACAUUUAUAGUCUGGUUCACUAGAAUGGAGCAUAGAUAGUUAGUUUCUCCGAUCGACGUCCACUUUCCGAACACAGCUUUUUCAUGGGUUCGAUGCUCGGUGACUGGCCUUCAUUCGAUCCUCACAAUUUCAGCCAACUUCGACCAUCUGAUCCCUCCAAUCCUUCUAAGCUAAUGCCUGCUACCUAUCAUCCUACUCAUAAUCGGACAGUUCCACCACCUAAUCAAGCAGUAAUCUCAACUGAAGCUAAAAAUAUUCUUUUGAGACAGUUAUAUCAACGUGCUGAAGAAAAGUUAAGGCCCAAGAGAGCUGCAUCUGAAAAUCUGACUCCAGAGCACAAGGUAAAGCAGCCCAGGGGCUCAUUUCCAGAAGAAACUUCCAACUGAGCUUUUUUGCGAAGGAGCCUGCAAGUCUUCUGCAUUUCCGUCUGCCUGUUCUUACUGCCAUGUAAAGGGUGUCGUAAUGUAUUAUAGGUUUGGUGCUUGCUUGUGUGAUUUGCUUGUGGGUGGAAUUCUUAGGAAAGACUUGUAGAAUUGUAUAGAAUAUGUAUCUAUAGGACCUUCAUUGAAUAAUUGCAGGGGGUAACAUCCCCCUUUAUAAU